AUGAGAUGGGCUACAGCCUCCACCGUACGGGCAUUUAGUACAGAAAUACCGCCGAAAAAAGAUUUUCAGCGGGUUGCAGCACUCGCCAAGCUGUGGGAAAAAUAUACAUUUCGCCAUGAAAUCCUUACUUCUUCCGAACAGCCGGCCGUACAAAUUACACGAUCCGAUCGGAAUUAUUUGGAUUACGGAAGAAUAUCACUCCAUCAGGGCUGUCCACGUCUCAUUUUGCAGUCCCCACAGGGAAAAAUCGAGCAGGCGAAGGCUUUUGUGCAGGGAUAUAUGAGAAACGCAUUUGUCCGUGGAAUCGGCCUCCAAGACGAGAAAAAGGAGUUCCUCGCUCACUGUGAUUCGGUUUUUUUCGAAGUUCUUCGAGCUAUUCGGGAGGAAGACUUUUCAAAUUUGGCGGAAUUCACACUCGGCGGACACGAAACGCUGCAAUUUCAUCGCUCGGCCGCCCAUAAGCUCAGUAAAAUUCAGAAGGAGGCGCUGAAUAUAACACAAGAUGACCUGCUCGGCGACAACGGCUAUAUCGUCAAAUUUCCAUAUCUCCGACAUGAAAUGGGUCCAUAUAUUCAUUCGAUAGAGUUUACAAACGUCGACGCUGUCGGAAAUACACAUUUGGGUGACGGGGAAAAGCCUUUGGAUAAGAUAUUCUGCAGAUACAAAGUGGUGCUCGGUGGAUGCUACAAAUUCGAUAGUCUCCUGAAUGAAAUCCGUAAAGGAUCACAAAUGUGGUCACAACGGAUCAAAACACCCAAGGACUACACUUUCAAAUGGCCACGCUACACGAUUGUCGAAUUGGAUAUCUGUCAGCAGGCUUAUAGUCAAAUGCCGAUUAGACUAAAUGAUACACGAUACCUCUAUGAUUUUCAUGUUUUUUCAUUUUGAUUUAGGCGACCUUUUCAUUGAAAUUUAUAUGUAUCAUGUAACCAAUAAAUACUGGUUUUAGUCU